GUACAAAGGUUAAGACAAAGUGAAACGCAAUCAUGUGACACAGGCUUUUCUGAUGGCGUAGAAGAACCAGAAUAAAUGUCUUGAGCACACCCGUCUCAGAUACAAAAAAGACAAAGGAAAGGCCUUCAGUAUGAAAAUCACACACUUCAUGACCGUGUUUUGGCCACUCUCUAUGCUACUAUUUGACAAAAGCCAGGCCUCUGAAACAGAAGUCAAAUGUAAUUUCACCAGAAGGAAUUACUCCUUUAUUCCAGAGAGUAUCAGUAACAGUGUUACCAUCCUUGAUCUCAGUUAUAACCAGAUCACACUGAAUGCUUCGGACAUCAGGGUGCUACAGAUGUAUUCUUUACUCACUGAGCUCUACUUGACGGAGAACAGCAUUACUGCCAUACACAAUAAUAGUUUCAGUAAUCUCUCCAACCUAGAAAUUUUAAACAUCUGUGGAAAUUCCAUCAGUGUAAUUGAACAGGGCUCAUUUGUUGGCUUAAAUAAAGUAAAACAGUUAUAUCUUUGCCAAAACAAAAUAUUACAACUUAAUCCCAAUACAUUUGUACCUCUAUUCAACCUGAGAGUUCUGAAUCUGCAAGGCAACUUGAUAAACCACUUUGAUAUGCCACAACUAUUUCAUCUGGAACUGCUAACAUUGGAUGGAAAUCCAUGGAACUGCACCUGUGGUCUACUCCAGCUACAGAACUGGCUGAACAAGUCUAAUGUGAUAUUAGAAAAUGAGAACAUCACUACGUGUAGCUACCCAGAUGACCUAAAACACUACAGCAUUAAGUCAGCACCCUUCACAGCUGAAUGCCACUCUAAAUUUAUUUCCACUAUAACUGAAGAUCUGUAUAUUAAUUUCCAGUCCAUUGGGAACUCAACUUCUAAUAGCUCCUUAAAAAACUUAACACGGAACUCAGGACAUGAACCUCUUGGAAAAAGCUGGGUUCUCCUUGUUGGUGUUGUCGUCACUGUACUGGUAACGUCACUCCUCAUCUUUAUUGCUAUCAAAUGUCCGGUAUGGUAUAAUAUUCUGCUUAGCUACAAUCAUCAUCGCCUGGAAGAGCAUGAAGCAGAAACCUAUGACAGUGAUCUUACUAGAAACCCAAGCUCUCUUUCACAAAUAACAGAUACAAACUCUGAAGACAUCACAGUAAUAUUCGAACAAUUGCAUUCAUUUGUGGAGAAUGAUGAUGGCUUUAUUGAAGACAGAUAUAUAGAUGUCAAUGAGGUACAUGAAGAAAAAUAAUUUAUCAUGUUGAAAAUUUGAAAAAAUAUUAUUAGUCUACUUAUAGCUUAGACAAAAAGAUUUUUAUUUGCAAAAAAAAACCUAUAACCAGCAAACCGUCAUAUUAAGCAGUACUUUAUGUAAAUAUCAUACAAUUUUUUUUUUGCUGUAUUGCACAAGCAAGUCCAAAUGCAGUAACUCAUACUCUGGUUAGCUAAAAGCUGAACAAUUUAUCUACACCACCACCACUUAUUAGUGUCAGAAGUAUUCAAAAAACCACAAACUGGUAAAAACAAAGCCUAAGAAUGAUUAUUUACUAACGAAAACGAACAGAAUCUGGUAUUAACAAAUGCAUGUGCUGCAAUGUCUGAAAUUAUACUAAAUUUUAAUCAAUAAAGUAAUACAAAAUUUAGAUUUAUAUCAUCAAAGUGAGGAUCUUUGACUAUAGAAAUUGGUCUAAUGCUCACUGCCUGAACCUAAAAAAGUUUUCUUAAAAACUUGCAGCAAUUUAAAGCAUAGGCACAAUGUUUAGGAAUAAUCCCUAAUAAUCGCUACUGAUUUUGACAGUGAUUGUUAGGAAGGGUUCCACAUACAAUUGCUAUAUUCAAUAUUACAAUGGUUUCUAAACUGGGCAUCACAACUACUCAUGAAUUUUCUUUUAAAACACACAUUUCUAUAUCUCUUUUGAGAGAUUAUUUUUCAAAUCAUUCUGAGCUAGAGCUGAGGAAUACUUAGGUAAUCCACACAUAUCUGGUUGUGUUUCAAUAAACAGAGCAAUGCUUCCCAAAUUGUUUUCUAAAACACUGAUUUUCUACAAUGACACUGACAAGCAUUUACAGAAAAAGGAAAAGGUACCUAGUCAACUUACCAAAAGAAUCUGAAUUUAAACAAGGUGAACUAAGAUUCUUUCCUUUAGUAUUGAUAUAGAUUUUACUAAGCUGAGGUGUUCUCUGAUAACGCAGAGUAAAAUAGUAAGUUUUGAAGAGCAUUUACAUAGCAAAUGUAAUGUAAAUGUAAAAAAAAACCCUCAGUUUUUACUCCCCCAUAUAUUAUACAUACACACACACACACAUACACACACACACAAAGAAACUUUAAAAUUUACUUGAUAACCAAACCCUUCCUUGGAAAUAUAGCUAAAAGCUCACAGCACAUUAAAAGACCAAAGGACACACUCUGGAAAUGCUAACCCUAAAUAGGAAGGGUCUAUCUAAAGUGAAAUGGUUACCAAUCCUUGUAUAAUGAAUUAGCUGCAAAUAUAAUCUGAACCACUUACCAGUUUAAAGAGUACAAUCAAAAAUUAGCAGAGUCUGUGAUUUACCAUUCUAUAUGCAGGGAACUCAAUGUAUUUAUCUGAUUAUUUUAGAGAUAAGGUUAUGGCAAAACACUGAACUUUUGAACUUUACUUGUGGAUGAAAUAUGUAACAUUUUGUAUGAUUUUCGUCAUCCACAUACACAGAAGAGGACAGUGACUAGAGUUGAAGAUGGAGCACAGCUGGAAAUGUGCUGACAAAACUUAGAAAUGAGUACAUGGGUAUACAAUGCUCCGAUUCUGAUGUUCCAAUUUCUAGUUAAUAAACAUAUUCAAAAAAUGUACAUGAUAACAUCUUACAAAAGACUAGUAAUGUAGAUUGGUUAUAUAAACAGUGCUGACAAGAUAGCUCAGCAGUUCAAAGUCCAUGCACCAAAGCCUGGCAAACUGAGUUCAAUCCCCAGACCAACAUGGUGGACAGAGAGAAUCAAGUUGUCCUCUGAGCUCCACAUGUACACUAUGUUACAAGUGUGCCAACACAUACAUACAUAUAUACACACACACAAUAAUAAAUUUAAAAAUAUUUAAAGGUUAUAUAAAUAGUACAUUCAGUUGGAAUGUUCACAGAUAGAAAAUAAAAUAUGUUCCUUGAA